AUGUUGCGCGCUCGCGCCUCCACCGUCCGCACCGAACACCUCCCCCGAGUCGCUCAACCAGGGUUAUGGACCAGCAUGAUUCCCAAGUUCAUGCGACCGUCGCCCGUGCGUGCUGAGUCGUGGCGGACAUGGAUGGCCAAGGAUUGGAAUCCGGCGACCAUCUUCAUCGCGCUGGGGCUACUCGUCGGCUCGAAUGCCAUAAACAUGCUUAUUUUGCGGAAAGACAUUGCGGAUUUCAGCAGAAAGGCGGACGCCAAGAUCGCCCUGUUACGCGAAGUAGUGGAGAAGAUCCAGGCUGGGGAGAAAGUGGAUGUGGAGCGGAUAUUAGGCUCCGGGAAGGAGAAGGAAGAAGGGGAAUGGGAAGAAAUGUUGAAAGAAAUAGAGGAAGAAGACCGAACGUCCCGUAAACGCCGAAAAGCUGUCGCGGAAGCAAAGGAGACGGCCGAGAUUACCAAAGCCAAAUCGAUCGCAGGGACGGUUGAGCCUACGAAGCCAGAGCCGACUGUUGUGCCAGAAGAAAAGAGGACAGCCAUCGGAUUUUAUUGA